AUGGCCAGAGUGGUGAGUGCAGAAGACUUCAGUGGCUUACGCCCCUACUCUCAUGGAAUCAGAUUUACUGCAAGACCACAGUCUACACCAGGCAGAGCAUCAUCAUGCAGAAGCAGGCAAAGCGCAAUGAAAUCGGCCUCAUCUACAUCUGUGCGCUCUGUCCCAGAUCCCACACUGUCCUCCUCAGACAUUGAGCAGAUUUUACUUAAAAGGACAGCUGAAAAAGAAGGUGAACUUAAAAAAGCAUUUCAGACAAUUGACAUUGAUCACACCCUAACAGUCACAAAAGGCGAAUUCAGGAGAGUGAUUGAAAUCUUUCUUUUUCCUCUGACACAAGCACAGUUUGAUUCUGUGCUGGCACAGAUUCCGAUGACUAGCAAAGUUACUGUACCAUAUCUUGACUUCCUGGCAAAGUUCACUAGGGUUGCCAAAAGUACCAAUAUGCAAAGAAGAUGGAAUGAUAGCCAAGACAGCCAAACCAUGACAUUAAGUCAGCUGGAGUCCCUCUUAAAGGAAAAGAUUUCAAAGAAUUUGAAAAGCAUCCUCAAGACCUGUAGACUUUUUGACUAUAACCGAACAGGACAAAUACAGCGGCAUGAGCUAAGACAGAUUCUUGAGAUCAGUUGUUUCAAGAUGAAGGAUGCAGAGUAUGAAAAACUGUGGAAUCAUUCCUGUGUUGGUAAAACGAAUACAUUGGAUUAUAAAGAAUUUCUGAAGAACCUUGGUAUACAUAUGGGUACAAUUAAGAAAAAUGCAACAGAAAACCAAUGCCUAGCACCGAACUGGCAGGAGACACAAGAGAAGAUGCCAAAACAGAAUAAACUGUCACUACAGACUUCACCAGCUGAGUGUAGUGUGAUAGAAUGCACACUAGAUGACAUUGAGAUGGCUUUUAGGAAAAAGCUGCACUCAGCCUAUCAGGACAUUGAAAAAGCCUUCAGAGCAUUUGAUGUUAGUCAGAGUGGAUUUGUGUCUUUGGAUUACUUAAAGUCAGUCAUAAAUGGCUUUAUAUUUCCAUUACCAAAUGGAACUUUUCAAGAGCUAAUGAGUAGAUUUGGAUUUAAAGCCACAGGUAAAAUUGCUUGGCAUCAAUUUUUAGAGAAAUUUCAGGACCCUGUGACAUAUGAAAAUGGACAGACACUUCCUAUAAGAAAAAAACACAGAGUAAACCCAAUCAGAGGAAUGGAUGAAGCUUUCUCAAGUGACAGUGUCCUUCUAAAGCUGCACAGACACAUCCAAAAUGCAUAUCCAUCACUGAAGCAGGCAUUUCUCAUGAUUGAUACAAAACAAGAUGGAAAGAUCACAAGAAAUGAGCUUCGUCGCAUUUUGGACUGCAUCCUAUUUCGAAUAAGUGACAAGGACUUCCAAGACCUAAUCAAGAUAAUUGAUCCAGAACACACUGGGUACCUCAGCUACCAUAAAUUUUUAGACUUGUUUGAAGAAAAGGAAUCUCUAAUGGGUCAUAAAUGGCUUAAUGGAACAAAGGAAAUUAAGAAGUCACCUUCUCUUGUUCUAGCUUGGGAUACUGUGGAAGACAUUCUUUCGGAUAAAAUCAUGGAAAAUUGGAAAGACUUCCACAGGGCUUUGCAGACCUGUGAUCCUAAAUGUACAGGCAUUAUUAGCAGAAAUCAGCUAAGAAAAAUUGUACAGAUAUAUUGUCCCUCUUUGUCCGAUGAACAAUUUACAAAGCUAUGCCAUAAAUUUCAGGAUAUUUCUUCUGAUAGGAUCCUUUACAGAAUGCUUUUGGAGAGCUUAGGAGUUGCUGUUUUACCUGGUGACUUAACUGGUAUUAGCACACAGAUCUCAAAGGGAAGUCAACAGAGAGAAGAAAAAAGACAAACAGAUCUUUCAGAAAGAAUGAAACAGAUUGAAGAUCAGGCCAAUAAGCAUACCAAGAAUAGAACUGUUGAUGAAGUAAUUGAAAGGCUCCAGGACAGUGUGAUACAACAGGAAGCAACUAUUAAAGACAGCUUUCUUGCCUACAACAAGCAACCAAAUGGAAAAAUUAGUAAAGAUGAUUUCCGGAAGGUGUUGGAAGAUCUUGGGAUGCCAAUGGAUGAUAGCCAGUUUAAUUUACUGACUGAGAAAUUAGCAUUCCCAAAUGGAGGGCUGAGUUAUCUUGAUUUUGUAGCAGUAUUUGAAGAUCCCAGAUUGAAUGGACCAGGAGCUACAUUAUAUUGCAGUCCAAACCACCGAGUAAAUAGCACUAAAUUUCACUACAUGACUGCUGAAGAAUGUCUAAGUCAAUUUAAUGAUAAGCUGAUGGAAGGAUAUGGGGACACCUACUCUGCCUUCCAUAAAACAGAUAGUAACCGUGAUGGUAUCAUCAACAUGCUUGAUUUUCGACGCCUCCUGGAGAGCUUUGUGUUCAUCCUUAGAGAUGAGGAGUACUCACGCCUGCUUGGUAUAUUGGGCAUGAACCUGAACUCUACAUUAAAUUACCAGGAAUUCCUUCAACUUUUCCAGACCCAAGAAACAAAAGAGGCACAUCCUUGGCUGAAUCCAUCUCACAAACCAAAACAGACAAUACCGGAUGCAGAACUAGCUUGUGAUCAGGCUCAUUACUAUCUUGUUAUCAAAGCACAGACCAGAUGGCAUGACCUAGCAAGGACUUUCCGUGAGUUUGAUAGUGAAGGCAAUGGAAUUGUGAAGCCAGAGGAUUUGAGAGCUGUCUUGUUCAGAUUUGCCAUUCCAAUCACCCCAAAAGAAUUUGAAAAGCUUUGGGCAAGGUAUGAUACAGUUGCAAAAGGCUACCUUACUCAUCAAGAAUUUCUACAGAAAUUGGGGUUAGAGUUUGCACCCGCUCACACUGGACUAAGCAGACAUAUUGUGGAAGACAAUUAUGCAAGUUUGAUGGAGCAUUACAGUAAUCAGCAAAAGAAGCAUUUGGAGAUGGAAGAGCAGCAGAAACAGCAAACUAAAGCCCUACAUGUCAGUGAGAUUAAAAAGCAGAUCAAGGAUAAAUUUAGGGACUACUUCCAAGACUUCAACAAGGCCUUUUAUAAACUGGAUAAAAAUAAAGAUGGCUAUAUAACAGUAGAUGACCUAUGUAGGAUGCUGCAAGAAUUCAACUAUUAUCUUGAUGAUGAACAGUUCAACAAUCUUCUAAACAGCUUAGGAAUCAGUAUUCAUGACAGCAGGCUCUCUUAUUUUGAUUUCCUGAGAGCGAUUGAUGAUGGCAGAGCAUCUAAAUACCAGCAGAGACAAAAGCAUGCUGCACCACCUGCAAGCUUUGCAAUGCUCAGUUUAGAAAAGACCCUAAUUAAGAUAAAAGAAAUAGUUACAUCUUCUUAUGAUUUGUUAUACAAGGCAUUUUCUCUGUUUGAUAAAGAAGGCACUGGGACAGUUAAAGCACUGGAAUUCCGCCAGGUACUUGACCAUUUCUGCUUUAAACUAUCGGAUAGGCAAUUCAGGCACCUACUCAAGAAGCUAAGGAUUUAUGAAAAUCAUACAGUAGACUGGAAAUUUUUCAUGAAAAAUAUUAAUCUCCUCUUAGAGACUGAGGAAGGGCAGAAAGUCGCUCAGCCUAAAUCUUCUCAGGAGCUGUCAAAGAAAGAAAUCCUUACGCGUAUACAAGAAGUAGUGACUGCUCGCUUUAAUACCAUUGCACAAGAGUUCAAAGAUAUCGAUUGUGAGAAAGUUAAUACAGUAUCAAAAGAGGACUUCCGGGGUAUUUGCAACCGUCACUUUCUGCUUCUGACAGACGAACAAUUUGAAAACCUCUGGAAUACAGUGCCUGCUGAUGCCAAUGGAAAACUGAAGUACUGUGAUUUUUUGAAGAAGUUCAAUUCCGAAGUAGUGACAAUGCCAUCAGAUACUCCAGCCACGAACAAUGCUGCAUUUUCUUCCAAGCCCGCUACCCCUGCUGAGCCUGGGUCACGGUUACCUUCUCAGCCUUCACGUCCCAAGACAGCAUCUUCUCCUUUAGGUCAAGUAAAAACUCCAAUGUCCAGCCGGCCUCGUACUGCAAUGGCAUGGUCCCCACCUUUACUGAACUGCGAACCAAUAGAAAAUAAAAUAAGAAAGAUCAUUCAACAUUCCUGGAGAGAAAUACUGAAAGACUGUAGAGAGAAGGAUGUUGACCGGCUAGGAGAAAUCUCAACAUCCGAUUUCUUAGCCAUUGCAGAGAAGUUCAGUUUGGAUUUAAGUAAAGAAGAGAUUAGCCAAAUAGCAACAAAAUAUGACAUUAAGAACAAUGACAAAUUUGCAUACUGCGACUUUCUCCAAAGCUGUGUCCUAUUAAUGAAACCACAAGAAAGUUCAUUGCUACAAAGGAUGAUCAUUCAGAAGCCACGAAUAUCGAGGAGUCCUGGACCACAGAGCCUGACAUUCUUCAAUGCAAUGCUAAGAAUUCAACCCCAGAUCUUGCACUGCUGGAGACCGAUGAGACGAACGUUUAAAUCCUAUGAUGAAAGUGGGAGCGGGCUGUUAAGUGUUCAGGAUUUCAGGCAGGUGCUGCGUCAGUAUCACAUCAACCUGACUGAGGAAGAGUUUUUUCACAUUUUGGAAUUUUAUGAUAAAACAUUAUCUUCAAAAAUUUCCUAUAAUGAUUUCCUCCGGGCAUUCCUGCAGUAGGAAAUGGAAGGUGUCAUCAAAUGCAAGAAACUACAGAUAACAGAGCUAAUGACUGAUUUAUAAUUUCUGAUUUCUAAUUAAUAAAUUAACCAACUACAGCCUUUCUUGCAUCAGCAAUCUCAAAAUACUUACAAUUCUGACAAAUACAGUGGCCACAGAUUGUAGAGGAAAUCUACAUGGCAGAACUAUUAAUAGUCACAUAAUCCAUUUAUCUGAGAAAAAUGAUACCACUUAAAGUUGUUAUAGUAAUGAUUCUUAAGACCUUACAGGCAUCUGCAAAAGAAAUACAUUUAAGAAAAAUCUUUUUUCUAAUUAAAGAGUUUUAUUAAUUAAAACCCCUUUUUUAAUUUCAGUAAAAAGGUUUGAAAGGCCUACUAUUCACUUUUAUAAGAUAAUAGAAAUAAUACAUUUGGAAAAUUAUAUUAUCCUUCAUUAUUAGAAAAUUGUCUGCUUUACAAUCUGCCUUCCCCCCGGCCGCCCCCCCCC